UCUCUCUCUCUCUCUCUACCCAUGGACGCCUCCGUCGCCCUCUCCCGCAUAGGCCUCGCCGGCCUCGCCGUCAUGGGCCAGAACCUUGCCCUCAACAUCGCCGACAAGGGCUUCCCCAUCUCCGUCUACAACCGCACCGCCGCCAAGGUCGACGAGACCCUGGACCGCGCCGCCGCCGAGGGCGGCCUCCCCCUCUCCGGCCACUACUCCCCCCGCGACUUCGUCCUCUCCAUCAAGCCGCCGCGCUCCGUCAUCAUCCUCGUCAAGGCGGGCGCCCCCGUCGACCAGACCAUCGCCGCCCUCUCCGACCACAUGUCCCCCGGCGACUGCAUCAUCGACGGCGGUAACGAGUGGUACGAGAACACCGAGCGCCGCAUCGCCGAGGCCUCCGAGCGGGGCCUCCUCUACCUCGGCAUGGGGGUCAGCGGCGGCGAGGAGGGGGCGCGCAACGGCCCGUCGCUGAUGCCCGGCGGGUCUUUCCAGGCCUACGAGAACGUCAAGGAGAUCCUGCACAAGGUCGCCGCCCAGGUGGACGACGGGCCUUGCGUCACUUACAUUGGUGAAGGCGGGUCGGGGAAUUUUGUCAAGAUGGUGCACAAUGGGAUCGAGUACGGCGAUAUGCAGCUGAUUUCGGAGGCCUACGACGUGUUGAAGAACGUGGGCGGGCUGUCGAACGAGGAGCUCGCGGCCAUCUUCGACGAGUGGAACAGGGGAGAGCUGGAGAGCUUCUUGAUCGAGAUCACGGCGGAUAUCUUCAAGGUGAAAGAUGAGCAUGGCGAUGGGGAGUUGGUGGAUAAGAUUCUGGAUAAGACCGGGAUGAAGGGCACGGGGAAGUGGACGGUGCAGCAGGCGGCGGAGCUGUCCGUGGCCGCGCCCACAAUCGCUGCGUCACUGGAUUGUAGGUACCUGAGCGGGUUGAAGGACGAGCGGGAGAGCGCAAGCAAGGUCUUGAAGGAGGCAGGGUUGAAGGAUGACGUGGGGUUGGUGAGGAGCGGUAUCGAUAAGAAGAGAUUGAUAGACGAUGUGAGGCAGGCGUUAUAUGCCUCGAAGAUAUGUAGCUAUGCGCAGGGUAUGAACCUGUUGAGGGCGAAGAGCAUCCUGAAAGAUUGGAACUUGAAUUUCGGAGAGUUGGCAAGGAUUUGGAAAGGUGGGUGCAUUAUCAGAGCUGUGUUUCUUGAUCGGAUCAAGAAGGCUUAUCAGAGGAAUCCGAACUUGGCGAGCUUGGUCGUGGACCCUGAGUUUGCGAGGGAGAUGGUGCAGAGGCAAGCUGCGUGGAGGAGAGUCGUGGGAUUGGCGAUCUCGGCUGGGAUUAGCACACCAGGAAUGUGUGCGAGCCUUUCUUAUUUCGAUACUUACAGGCGCGCGAGGCUUCCGGCCAAUCUCGUCCAGGCUCAGAGGGACUUGUUCGGGGCACAUACCUAUGAGAGGAUCGAUCGCCCCGGGUCUUUCCACACGGAAUGGACCAAACUCGCUCGACAGACCGGUGCGGGUGUAGGUUCUCUUAACUGAUCUGUUAUCAGCGGAUUGCCCCAUUGUUUGUCUGGAUCAGGUCUUGCCAACGGUUUGAUUUGAAUUAGAGAUGUUUUUCUCACUGAAUAUUACUGGUUAGGCAUCGCAAUUGUUGUUCAGCCUUGAGGUUUUUGUUGUUACUAAUAAGAAAUGCAUGCCUAAAGCCUUUCAGUCCAUAUGCCAUCUGCUAUACACUUUGCAGUUUCUUUCUCAUCGAGUCAAAUGCAUAUGCUCGAUAUUAUGUCAA